AAUGCAUACCUGCUGCAAAACGUGUCGAGUAUCACUGACAAAACAUAAAGGGAACUCCAAAUUCUUCGGCAGUGUUCAAUAGGGAGGACGCCCGGCUCCCCACCAGGCUGGCAGUCUCGUACAGGGCAUUGACGCUGCUCAGUGAUGGCGUCCACGCCACGAGGAAGGAUAGGAAUCUCACUCACAUCCAAAGAUCUCAAAACUGAAGGGCGCCCACCUUCCGCAUGAAAGGCCGCAACAGCCAGCUCGUGUUGGAGAUAUGCACGUGCCCGUCUUAAGACGCGAGCCUAGGUGCGGGUAGGAGACCUCGUGAGCAGCACCACCACCACGGUGGCAAGAGUGCCCUUCAAGGUGAAGCUCGGUGGGAAGGUGGAGGAAGCCUUCCUCACUCUGGUUUAGCUCAAUGUCUCAGUAGGAUACAAGCUGGACGUCAAUCCUGUCUCGCACGUCACCUUCCCCAUAGGGGAUUACGAGCCCACCCAACCCAGGCUGCAGUUCCUGGUGCAACAGACCCACAGGUACGGCCCGAUGCCGGACCAAAGGGAGUGGCUGCUGCCUCACAGCAACAUCCCCCAGUUCCGCGUCCCUGCAGCCCGAGCACCGUGAUAUCGAAACAAACGAUAUCACUCAGAAUGUGAAGACAAUAGCCGACGACAGGCAGCAGAAAGAGGAUUACCCACAGCAUUCACCACAGCUCAGUCCAUCGCAUUCUAGUAACCAAAGAAAAUGGGUAACCAUGCAUCAUCUGGGGAGAGGAGGGACCGUGUCAAAGGAGGAGAGUUCACCCCGUACUCCCCGAGCAGAGUGGGGGACGGCCAGGCCUUCACCUUUGACCACACUCGGCCUGGUGCUGGCCAACACAAGGUCCUGCAUCAGCAGAGCUCAGAGGAAGACCACGACCCUGUAAUCCUUAAGGUGGCAAAGGACAAGGACAAGGAGAAUGAAGAGCCAGUCCCCCUGAGGCCACGUCUUGUCACUCAGGGAAACAAGAAGAUGCUGCCCUUCGUCAUCAAGUGGACAGGAGGAGGGAAUAAUGUGUCCAUUGCCGGCACCUUCAACCAGUGGCAGAGCAUACCCAUGGUUAAGAGCGAGAAGGACUUUGUAGCAAUUGUGGACCUCCCAGAAGGCUCACAUCAGUACAAGUUCCUGGUGGAUGGGGAGUGGAAGGUGAACCAGGGAGAGGCGGCAUGUGACAAUGGCAUGGGCACCCAGAACAACGUCAUCACAAUCAAUGAGGCGGACUUUGAUGAGUUUGAGAAUGCUCUCCUCCGCGACCCGAAUGAUAAGGACGAAAAGAAAGGCUCUCAGAUGACGACAGGGAAGAAUAGCUGUGUUUCAGGUAUGCAGGAGGAAGUGUUCAGCCAAGAAAUACCAGAAUAUCAGCAGAGCGAGAAGAUCCGAGGGCCGCCCGUGCUGCCACCACACCUGCUGCAGGUCAUCCUCAACAAGGAUACACCCAUCUCGUGUGAACCAACCCUCCUUCCUGAGCCGAAUCACGUCAUGCUGAACCACAUGUACGCGCUGAGCAUCCGAGAUGGCAUGAUGGUUCUGUCCACUACACACAGGUUCCGAAAGAAGUGUGUCACCACCCUCAUCUACCGACCUAUAGAGUGAAAUAUGUGCUCAAGGUAUUUCUUGCUUAAUGGGCUUUGGGCAAGUGUAGAAAUAAUAUAGCAGUAGGUAGUAUUAGUAGUAGUUGUAGUAGUAGUCAUAGUAUGGGGUUGUGUUAAUGAAUCAUAAUCUCAGAUGAGCCACAAAAGGUGUUCCUCCACUUGUGUGUUGGCUAUAGUUGAUGUGAGUGUUUAGUGAGAUGUGAUUGGCAACCUUUGAGGCAUCUACAUCCCCAGGGAUACUGAGCUUUACUGAGCCCCAUGUGUUGCAAAGGAAGGAAUGAAGUUUGCUUUUAAGUGACAAGUGAACAGUGUUACCAUGCCAUGUGCCUCACUUAAGGUUAGUGCCGUGGUUCUUACCUCUUUAAGUUGAUACUCAGUUUUGAUUUUAAAGCCAAUGAAAUGACACUAUUCUGAUCUAAACACAGAAGCUCUCAUAAAUAUACAAAUAGGAGUACAGUAUUACAUUGUGGUUUUAAAAAGAUGUCACAGUUUUCUCAAUGAUCUUAAAAUGAACAGAACAACACUACAUAUAUAUUAUAAUCUAAAUGCAGAAUCUCUUAUGAGCAUACAGAUGGACAAUAGUCUUAUGCAGCGGUUUUGAAAAACAUCACAGUUUUUUUCAGACACAGAACUACUACAGUAUUUGCUAUGGCUCUAAAAGACAUCACAGAUUCUCUACAUGUACAGAACAGCUAGUCAUUGCAGCUCUCUUACUCUUAUAUAACGACUUCAGUAUUAUAUUAUGGAUCUGAAAGUGAAUGCAGCUCUCUCAAUAUCCAUGCACACAUUCCUCUGCUAGUAAAGCUAAGAGGAAGUACUCAGGGAGUCCUCAUCCAACAUUUAAGAACACAAGAAAAUUAGGGAAGCUACAGGAAGCCACCAGGCCUAUACAUAGCAGUCCCUAUAUGAAACAUACUUACCUAUUUCUACUCAUCAUUCUCCUAUAAAUUUAUCUAGUCUCAUUUUAUCUUCAUCACAUCAAGUUGUCUAUAUGACAACUUGAUACAUGAAUCAAAAACAAGACACCCUGAAUCAGUAGGACAGUGUGACUCUACCACUCAAUGUCCAAAAACUUUAUCUCAUUUAAGCAAAGCAAGUCAAACAGUCAUUACCAGUUGAGUGUUGCAGUUGCAGGUAAUAUUAAUGUGGACAAAUUAGAGUGAUGAAAAUGAAACAAGUCGAAUGUUCAGUAAGGGAUGAAUUCUCUUGCAGCUACACUACUUAGUGCAAUACAGUGUUCCUCCUUGUUCAGUUUCAUUGUGUUGUGGGGGUACAGCUAAUGUUUGUGUGAGCAGGUGUUGGUUUGUUUAUAUUAAGGCCUGUGCUUCCCAUGCAGCUAAAUGUGGGAUUGCAGGAUAAGGGAUAUCCCUAAACAAAAACAGAUAAGACAGGAUAAAUUGUCUGCAAGUCUUCAACUUAAUCUCAACUUUUUCUUUUUCUUUUUCUCUUAUACAUUUCUUUUUCUUUUUUAUGUAUUGGAGAGACUGGCCAAGGGCAAAAAAUUGAUAGAUAAAGAAGCCUGGUGAUAAUGCCAUUCCCAUAAAAGAAAUGGGUGGAGUGUUGAGGCACACAGCCAGUUGGAAUUGGACUCCCAGUGAUGUAAUUAAGUCCGUCUCUUGAAGUGCAGCUUAACACAAUCCAUUGCUGCUUGCUGCUUCUGUGUAUAUAUUUGUCUUGUGUGUACAUAUAUUGACAUCAUGGCAAUAUGUAUACUUGUACAUAUGUAUGUAAUCAUACUGUGCAAUUGAUACUUAUUCACUAAAAUUAGAUAUUUAUAUAUGAUGUAUAAUUGCACAAAACUCCUAUUUAUACCUGUACUACAGUGAAGAAUUUGUAUGAUGAAUUAAACUCACAUCUCAUCAA